GGAGUUCAAGUGAGUUGCGGAAAGCAUUCCCCACCUAGGCACCGCGUCUCACUUCAAAGUAUCGCAGUCCCAAUAAGAUAAUAUUCUCCUGGGUUAGAUAUUGCUUUGCCGGCGGUUUGGUGUAUGAUUAAACGGCCAAUCGCAGCGAGAAACGAGCAAGCUUUGCUAACGAAAGACCAAAUAUUCGAUUAUACUUGAAAAUCUAUACGCGAAGCGUAAUCGCGCCCAUCGGAUCCGAGGCAGUUUUUAUAUUUGCACUGCACUCUGCUCUCCGGCCCGUGGCUCGAGGGAACUUUGUACAUACGAAAGAGAGGAAGGGACUCGCGGCCAACUCGAGCGCUCUUUAUCACUGAAAUAAAAAACCGAGACACGAGAGCAUCGCGGAAGAAAGGGGAAAGGAGGAAGAGUCGCAAGACAAAAUAACAGGAUCAAGAUGUACUUCAACGAAAGCACCCUCAUCAGCCCGAUGCAGGCCUUCGUCGGAGGAGUCGGAGGCGUUGGACCCGUCCAGGGGAUGCAAGAACGCUUGUUGGGAUGGAACAUUCCACCGGAACACUCGGAACUCGUUCAUCCACACUGGCGAGGCUUCCUUGCUCCAGGCAAAUACUGGCACAUUGGUCUCGCACUCCUCUACUUCAUGCUCAUGAUACUUUCCGCCGUUGGAAAUGGCUGCGUCGUCUGGAUCUUCACGACAUCGAAGGCCCUCCGGACGCCCUCGAACCUCUUCGUCAUCAAUCUAGCGCUCUUCGAUCUUGUCAUGAUGGUCGAAAUGCCAAUGCUCAUUGUAAACAGCUUCCUCGAACGCGUCGUCGGCUGGGAACUCGGAUGCGACAUCUACGCAGCCCUCGGAAGCGUCUCCGGCAUUGGAUCGGCCAUCAACAACGCCGCGAUCGCCUUCGAUCGCUACAAAACCAUUUCGUGCCCGAUCGACGGAAGGCUCAACGGAAAACAAGCCGGCGUGAUCGUGGCCUUGACGUGGUUCUGGUCAAUGCCGUUCACCAUCUUGCCCAUGGCAAGGGUUUGGGGCCGCUACGUACCAGAGGGCUUCCUGACGACGUGCAGUUUCGACUUCCUCUCCGAUGAUCAGGACACAAAAGUCUUCGUCGCUUGCAUCUUCGUCUGGGCGUACGCCAUCCCGAUGAUGCUCAUCGUCUAUUUCUAUUCACAGCUCUUCAAAUCCGUUCGCAGACACGAAAAAAUGCUUCGUGAUCAAGCCAAGAAAAUGAAUGUCAAAUCCCUGUGCUCGAAUCAAGACAAGGAAAGGAGCGUUGAAAUGAGAAUCGCCAAAGUGGCGUUCACCAUCUUCUUCCUUUUCGUCUGCUCGUGGACACCUUACGCGAUUGUCGCCAUGACGGGAGCCUUCGGCAAUCGUGAAUCGCUCACUCCGUUCUCGACGAUGCUGCCAGCCGUCUUCGCCAAAACGGUCUCGUGCAUCGAUCCUUGGAUCUAUGCCAUCAACCAUCCGAGAUACCGACAAGAGCUGCAGAAGCGUUGUCAAUGGAUGGGCAUUCACGAGCCCGAAGCAACCGUCCACGACUCCACUUCGGCUACCACCGAAAAGGUCACCGGCGACGAGUCAUAAUUUACACAUUCACAUUUCUGAACUCGGUCAACAAUGCAACCUGUUGAGCAUCAAUCACCGACACAGGAAGGUCGGGCGAGGCCUGCGCUAUUGAUCAAGACUACGCGAUCACCACCACCGGCGGAGGCCUUGCCGUUCGCCGCUCGGUGUCGUAUUUUAUUUGAUUUUUUUUCAUUGUCCCUGGCAAAUCGAGUUCACAUACGAAGACGAUUAUUGGCUACUCUAAAAUGAAUAACGAUAUGCCGAAAAAGUGAAAUGCCACGAAUAAGAUCGAAGCGAUGUUAGGCUCGGCCGAGAUCUGCUAUUGGCCGAGCAAUAUUCUUGUAUAAAUCAAAUGAAAUAAAAUUAUUUUGAAGCAGUAAAAA